AAAGAGGUAUCAGCAUGAAAGGAGGAUUCAAUAAGAUGUUCAGGAACUUUGCUGCAAUGAAGGGAAAGACUGAGUUUGAUAAAAGACUCAUUAAAGGAACCUAUGGCCAUGAUACCAAGGAGCCUAAGGAAAAGCAUGUGAGAUACUUAAUGGCAUGUUUGAAGGGUGCUCAUUCUGAGGUUACAGCUAGUCAAGCUCUAAUGAAACUUUUGCAAAGAUUCAUUGAAAAUACCGAAAACUGGACAGUUAACAUCAAAGUUUUUAUCAUCUUCCACAGAUGUUUGCAAGACUUUGAUCUGUCCCAGGCAGUUGCACAAGAGUUAGGAGAAAAGUCAGAUAUUUUAACAUAUUAUAAAAAGAAGCCUAAUGAUAAUACUUAUGAGGGGAAAAUGAAGUUGGUUGUCUCUCAGCUCUACUGAGCAUACCUCAAGUUUCUUAUAAAAUUCAUGAGGAAAUCCAAGGUACUCUCCGUUAGAAUUUCAGAAGUAACAAGGUUGAUCAAGAAGAUGAAGAACAAAGACCUCUUCACGGCUUAUGAAAGUUUUGAUAAUAUGAUCACUCAGAUCAUGACAAUGUUUGAAAAUAAUGGCUUUUGCAGGAAAUAUCGAGCUCAUCAGAACUUCAUCUACGUGAUCUUUUUGGAUUUGGUAAAGAUCUACAAUGUUUUCUACAUAAUGACCAUGGAGACCUUGGAUAGGUAUAAGCGCAUGAGUGCGGCCGAAAUGAACAAAGCCUUGAUUUUGUACAAGAACUUCUGAAGUUUUACUGAUACUUUGAAGAAAGAGGCUAAUACUAUCCCCAUGUUGUUUGGAUUCUCCUUUAAAGAGCCUAAAUAUUACAAGCCUGAUGCCAAGAAGGAAAGAGCUAUGAAGAAUGCUAAGAAGGAUAAAGAAGCUGGAGGGGAUGGCUUCGUUGAUGAAGACGAUGACUUUGCAGAGGAGAUGCCUGAUUUUGAAGACCAAGACAAAGGUAGCUUUGAGGAAGAGUAUAAAGACUCAGAUGAGGGCGAUUCAGAUGAUGAUUAUCAGUUUGAUCUUCUUGGAGAUGUCAAGAAGCAGGAGCAAAUGGCCUCUGUGAGUGGAGGUAAGUAUUCAAGAAAGAGUGUCGGAGCUGCCAGGAAGGAAAAGAUUCAAGUAGAUGAUUUUAAUACUGCAGCGCUUGAUGAUUUGUUGGGAGGAGGUGCUCCUCCUGCGAGAAGGUCUGAUACAAUGGUAACAUCUUCACAGAAAGAAGAAGAGUGGGAUCCAUUUGCUAAUAAGGAAGCAGAUGUUUAUAAUGAUUCUAGUCAAGCUCAUCAGACAGCCCAGCCAGCUUCUAGUAAUAAUAUUUUUGGGGAUGAUGACGGAAUCUGGGGAGGUCAUCAGGAAAAUUCUAACGAACCAGUUUCAAAACAAGAUCAAAAGGAAGCUCUUGAAGAUAUUUUGGGAGGAGAUGAUUUCAACCAGGCCUCAAGUGAGCCAGCUGCAGGAUCAAAUCCAGCUGGAAGUGAUUUUAAUAUGCUAAAGGGACUAUACAAUACUGUUGCUGCAGCAAAGAAUCAGACCCCUAUGGGAGGAGCUCAGCCUGAUUAUUACAACACUGGAAUGGGAGGUGGAGCAGGUGGUUAUACUGAUAACUCUAUGGGCUAUAAUAAUAUGGGCGGAGGCUAUCAACAAUAUAACACUGGAAUGGGAGGAGGCUAUGGAGGCCAACAGCAAUUCAAUACAGGAUAUGGUGGUGGCUAUGGUGGUCCAUCAGGAGGAUAUAAUAAUUAUGGAGCUCAACCUGGACAGUUUAAUACUGGAUAUGGAGGAGGUGGCUAUGGAGAUGGUGGCUACGGAGGUAGUUCCGCUCCAGGAGGUAGUUCCGCUCCAGGAGGUAGUUCCGCUCCAGGAGGCUAUCAAGAAAACCCUCAAUAUACAGGAACAGGAGGAUAUGGCACAGCAACUCCAGGAAAUCAAUCAGAUCAAAAUAGCAAUUUUGAUCCUUUUGCAUAAUUGAUA